AUGGGCCGAACGGGUGCAGCCGCCUCUGCUUCGAGCCGAAGGGGCGCGACCGCCACCGUGGAUCAGGCCGCCAGCGCCAAGCCGCGGACGCCGCCGCAACCUGCGCCGAACUCGGCUAUGGAUGCCGUCGCCACCAGUGUGUGGCGCUCGAGGCCGAUGCCGUCGCCACCAGUGUGUGGCGCGCGAGGCCUCGAGCGCCGGGCCGAGGACGCUGUGCGGGGUCGCCAGCCGCGGGCGUGGAAGCCGCCGCAGGGGCGCACGCGGGCACCGUCGCCGCAGCGCCCGAGUGCGGGGAUCCACAGCCGACCGGGCAUGCGGGUUCCGCUGCCGAUCGAGCACUGCCACCGCAUGGCCGGGCACGCGAGCGCCGCAGGCCAGAGGGGCACAGAACUCGUCCGUCGUUCGAUUUCUUAG